UGUAAUAUCUCUGGUGCGCUGACUUUUUGCAGGGUUGAUGUACAGUAGCUAGCUAUCACAUUUAGCCACCUAAACGGAGGGAGACAGAAGCGAAGUAGCCCAUCUUAACCGACUGGUUGUGGUUCUGACUGGUUUUCUUCGGUCCCAUGUUUAGGUGGGUGAUUUCCACAAGAUGUCGUUCCCUCCUCAUCUCAACCGAACCCUUCUGCCACCGGGCAUCCCCCCUCCACAGUUUGCUGGUUUUCCUUCAGGUACCCCAAUGAUACCAGUCCACAUGGGUAUUAUGACCCAAACCCCCGCGGUCUUGGUGCCCACCUCCAUGCCUGCGGCACCCAGGAAGGAGGCCGCCCUGGUGAAGGCCAAGGAGACGGACGAGAACAGUGGCCCCACCACCACUGUAUUUGUAGGGAACAUCUCAGAGAAAGCCUCGGACAUGCUGAUUCGACAGCUGCUGGCGAAAUGUGGCCUGGUCCUAAGCUGGAAGAGAGUCCAAGGAGCCUCUGGAAAACUUCAAGGUAAAAACAGAACAGCUUUUGGGUUCUGUGAGUACAAAGAGCCCGAGUCAACGCUGCGGGCCCUGCGGCUGCUCCACGAGCUGCCUAUCGGGGUGAAAAAGCUGCUGGUAAAGGUGGAUGCCAAGACCAAGGCCCAGCUGGAUGAGUUCAAGGCCAAAAAGAAGAGCAGCACCAAUGGCAAUGGGGCAAAGGCAGAGGGUGGAAAUGAGGAGGAGGAAGAGGAGGUGAUCGACGAGGACACCAAGAGGCGGGAUCAGGUCGUCAAGGGUGCCAUCGACGGUCUGAUCCGCGAGUAUGCCAGCGAGCUCAAUGCUGCCUCGAAUGAUGAGUCCCCCCACCGCAGGAAGAAGAAAGAGAAGAAAGAAGAGGAGGAUAUCAACGCAAUUGACGGAUUGGAGGAUGACAAGAGAGACCUGAUUUCUAGAGAGAUCAGUAAAUUCCGCGACACCCACAAGAAACUGGAGGAGGAGAAGGACAAGAAAGACAAGGAGCGUGCAGAGUUUGAUCGCGAGCGACGGGAGAGGGACAAGGAGAGGGAACGUGAAAGGGAGCGCCGGGAUCGCGAGCGCGAGAAGGAGCGCGAGAAGGAGAGGGAGCGCGAGCGGGAGCGCGAGCGGGAGAGAGAACGCGAGCGGGACAGAAGUGACAGAGACCGUGAUCGCAACCGGACGAAGGAGUGGGAAAGGGAGAGGAGCCGUGACAGGAGCAAGGACCGCAGCCACUCCAGGUGUGUGUUAUUAAAUAAAGCAAUGGAUUGUGAAGGAAGGAAUGCUUGGGAGGUAACUAGGUUGAUGUUAUGUUGUAGAGAGGUGAGUCGCGACAGAGACAAGGACAAGAAGCGUGACCAAGAGGAUGAAGAGGAGGUCUACGAGCGGAGAAGGCUGGAGAGGAAACUCCGAGACAAGGAGGCAGCCUAUCAAGAGCAUCUGAAAAACUGGGAGAUCCGCGAGAGGAAGAAGGCUCGAGACUACUCCAAGGAGUCUGAGCGGGAGGAAGAGCGCAGGAGAGAAAUGGCUAAAGAAAGCAAACGGCUGAAGGAGUUCCUGGAGGACUACGAUGACGACAGAGAUGACCCUAAGUACUACAGGGGCAGCGCACUGCAGAAGCGUCUGAGAGACCGGGAGAAGGAGACUGAGGUGGAUGAGCGCGACAGGAAGAGGGAGAAGGAAGAGCUGGAGGAGAUCAGACAAAGGCUGCUGGCCGAGGGACACCCAGACCCCGAAGCCGAGAUACGCAGGAUGGAAGAGGAGGCGGAGCGUCUGCGUCAGCCUCCAGUGAAGCCAGAGCCCGACCCCGAGGAGGAGCGGGUACACAAGGCCCCACGGGUGGACCGGGAUCGCCGAGGAGACAGAGAUCGAGACCGAGGUGAUCGGGAAAGAGACCGAGGUGAUCGGGAGAGAGAGAGAGGGGAAAGAGACCGAGGUGAUCGGGAGAGAGAGAGAGGGGAAAGAGACCGGGAGAGAGGGGAUAGAGACCGGGAGAGGGACAGAGGGGACCACCAUGUACCCCACCAUCACCACCCCCACUCUGAUGAUGAUGUGGAAGAGGGGGAGGAGGAGUUUGAUGACGACGACCAAUCGGGGUCCAAGCCCUGCCUGAAGCCCACGUUGCGGCCAAUCACUGCGGCCCCCUCUGUUUCGUCGGCCAGCGGGGGCGCCACCCCCAACACGCCUUGUGGCGGGGACGAGUCGCCCUGCGGCAUCAUCAUCCCCCACGAGAACUCGCCCCCCCACGAGACCCCACCCCAGGAGGAGUUCCGCCCCAAGAUCGGCCUCAGUCUCAAACUGGGAGCCACUAGCAGCCCCAGCCAGCCCAACGUGGCCAUCAAACGCAAGAAGCUCACUGUGGACAGCGUCUUUAACAAAUUUGACGACGAGGAGGCAGACGAGGCUCCCCGCAAGCGCAAGCUGGUACCACUGGACUACGGCGACGACGACAAGAACCUCCAGAGUGUGGUAGACGGCGCCUCGGGCCUGGCGGCCAUCAAGGGCGCCAACACAGAGGAGAAGCGCAAGCACAUCAAGAGCCUGAUCGAGAAGAUCCCCACGGGCAAGACGGAGCUGUUCUCCUACCCGCUGGACUGGUCCGCAGUGGACUCGACUCUGAUGGAUCGACGCAUACGCCCCUGGAUCAACAAAAAGAUAAUCGAGUACAUUGGAGAAGAGGAGGCUACGCUAGUCGAUUUUGUCUGCUCCAAGGUGAUGGCUCAUGGUACACCACAGGGUAUCUUGGAUGAUGUUGCCAUGGUUUUGGAUGAAGAAGCAGAGGUCUUCAUCGUCAAGAUGUGGCGGUUGCUGAUCUACGAAACUGAGGCCAAGAAGAUUGGGCUGGUGAAAUAAGAAACCCAGGAAAGCACUGAAUGAAUCCAACUUUUUCUAAUAGAGUAAUAUGACUUUAGCGUUGUCAGUCACCAAAAAGACUUCUCAAUUUGAGUGGCCUAAAAUCAAAGAAUGUGCUCAACCUAAUAAUACCAACAGCAUUCACAUGUUGAGCUCCCGUUUUCUCAUUCUUCCAAUAGACUCUGGUACAUGUCCUGUUACUCUACUGCAGCUGCUGACUUUGUAUUGGUGUAUAGCCUACGUGUGUGUGCGUGCUUGAAUGACUGACUGAAGUGCUUAUUGAAGAUGCAUGAAAGCAACCACUUGGACAAUGACCCUACUACAGUCUCUUGGCUCGAGUUUGAUGUUCUGAGGGUGACAGUGGAGGUAGCGGAUUAGGGGUUAACGGUUGAUGAAGAGAACAUAGCUACUCAGCUGUGGAAAAAAGUUCACUGAAAAGCAUCUCACCGUUUUGUUUCUCUCUAGUUUUGUGACGUUAGUAAUAAAGGUUAUUGGACUGCUGUUUCUUAAGUGGCAUCUGCUGAGUGAAACUUCUGUUUAUGCGAAGGGUAGACCUUAAAAGGUAGAUUUGUUUUUGUAUUACAAACAAUGCUUUCUAUAAAUUCUAUUUAAGGAUAGGCCAGCUAUUGAACAUUUGACUUGUGGUUGGUUGGUCUCGUAACACAGGCAACAGCACCAACUGGAAAGGAUACUGAUUUGUGUAAACAUUGUUUCCAUUUUUUUCUUUUUGUACCAGUGGAAAUUUUGUUUUGAAUAAAAAAUUUUUUUUUAAAGAAUUGUA